GCGAAAUAGCAGUAGUGACGUCACGCAGUUCUCAGGCAGUCUCUGAUUGGCUGAGGAAUGCAGGGGUUAGGUGACGGCUCUUUGGUGUCGCGCGUGAAGUGGUCGUGGGGAAAGCCAAGGCGGUGACCUGGCGCUGCCGAGUUACCGUAAAGACCGAGUCUGUAGUCUGGAUUCAAUAUGGCAGAUGUAGAGAAAGGAAAAAAGAUUUUUGUUCAGAAGUGUGCACAGUGCCACACGGUUGACAAGAACGGAAAACACAAGACGGGACCAAACUUAUGGGGACUGUUUGGUCGUAAAACAGGCCAGGCUGCAGGGUAUACUUACACAGAUGCAAACAAAAGCAAAGGUAUUGUUUGGGGAGAAGACACUCUUUUGGAGUAUCUGGAGAACCCAAAGAAGUAUAUUCCAGGAACAAAAAUGAUUUUUGCUGGUAUUAAAAAGAAAAACGAGCGUUUAGAUCUUAUUGCGUAUUUAAAGAAAUCCACUUCUGAGUGACUAUGUUAGCUGCAGGGAUUCCCUUACAAGCCAUGAGAAGUACUCACUCUUGGAUAAUGUCAUUAUGAAUGGGGUGAUGAUCAUCUAGCAGACGGAUAAAUGUGAAUGGGGGACAAUGCCUUGGCCUUGUGCUAGAGCUCGCACAGCGAGGUAGUGCCAUCUUUGUCCUAAGUCUUGGUUUUGGCUUAAGUCUUCAUUCUGCAAACAAUCAGAAACCACAUUGUGUGAACCCAGGGUUAUUGUCAUGUACUUGACUGCAGGAAUGUUUAAAGGGAAGUUGUCAUUACCAGAGAACACAUGCAUGAACGUCUGAUUUUAUGUCACAUGUAAAUGAUUGUAUAAUUACAAAAGAAAUCUGUGGUAUAUUGUGUACUCUGUACUUUUUUUUUUUUUGCCACUAUUCGCCAUGAAAAAAUUCACUUAUCCGUCUGUGUUCCCAAUAUAACUGGCCACAAAGUAAACCAAAAGGCACAGAUGCCUAAAUCUCCCAACGCUCUUUUAUGAGCCAUGAAUAGCAGGCUAGCAGAUCUCAGUGAUGCACAGAUCCCCAGAGGGGGUAUUUCCACAGAAGAACCUAAACAGAAGGUAAUUGGGAGGCACUCACCAAGGAUUGUGCAUGCCAUUAUCUUUGGCGCAGUUACAUCAGUGAAGCGGGACAAAACAGACUGCAAAAGGCACAGGAGGGUAAUAGAUGAUUUGUGCUCCUAUGACCCGUCAUCAGGCCACCACUUUGUGCCAGUUUUGGCUCACAGUCUAUAUAUUCUCUCAAACACACAUGUUCUAGGGUUUGUUUUAUUUAAAGUAAUACUGAUUGUGGAUUUCCUCCCAUGUUUUAAGAACAGCCAAUCACAGGGAGCGCAAACAGAAUUCACCUCUUUAAUGUUCAGGCUCAGAACGCCAGUACUAUUAUAGUGAAAAGUGACCGUCCAUAGAGUAUGCCUCUUGCUGUGCCAUGUGUCCUGCUCAGACCGCCACUGCGAACAGACACACAGUGAUCUGCUAGUUGCCGCGGCCAUGCGCAGCAUACUCAAUGUUUGUGAGUACACUGCAAAUGCGCAUGUCGACUCGCAGAUCACUGUGUGUCUGCUCAUUGCAGCGGAUUGCUGCCACGAGCAGACAAAGCAGGCACAGCAGGAGGCACACUAUAGGGACAGUUAGUAGCUUAUCCACAGGGUCAAAUACCCUGCGGAUGCGCGACAUGUGAGCCUACCCUUAAUGGUCGCAUGACCAAAGAUCACUUUGUUGAAUUGUGGUGCAUCUCAGCUGAAGGCAAUAACACACAUGUCCAUAUGUAAGACACCUAGGGGGUGAUUUAUCAAAAUCUGUGCAAAGGGGAGCAGUUACCCAUAGCAACCAAUCAGAUUUCUUUUUUCAGAGAUCUGUUUACAGGGGUACUCCGGUGGAAAACAAUUUAUAUAUUUUUUAAUAUCAACUGGCUCCAGAAUUGAACAGAUUUUACAAUUACUUCUAUUAAAAACAUAAAGGAGAUCUGUAGUGGUAAUUUUUCAGAAUCCCCGGCCUACAAAAAGUAACAAAACUCACUUUUCGACGUUCCCCUGCCUUCUCCCUGCUGCCCAGGCUCGUUACAUGACAGUGUGCUCAGCCUAUCACUGGCAGAGGUGGGACAUCGCUGCGGCCGGCGAUAUGCUGAGUGCAAUAUGACUCUCCGUCCUCAGGAAGCAGGAAGAGGGCCAGCGGCGGAGGGACACCAAUAUCCUUGGAACGGGGGAAUGUCAGAAGGUGCAGCCCGGGCACAAGGGAUUCUGAAAAAUUACCACUUCAGAUCUCCUUUAAUCCUUCCAGUACUUAUUAGCUGCUGUAUACUACAGAGAAAGUUGAGUUGUUCUUUUUAGUCUGACCACAGUGCUCUCUGCUGCCACCUCUGUCCAUGUCAGGAAUUGUCCAGAGCAAGAGCAAAUCCCCAUAGCAAACCUAUCUUGCUCUGGACAGUUCCUGACAUGGACAGAGGUGUCAGCAAAGAGCCCUGUGGUCAGAUGGAAAGGAACAACUCAACUGCAAUACAGCAGCUUAUAAGUACUGA